AUGAGCAUGGUGUCAUCUAGAGGCUCUCAUGAUGUACAAAAGCUUACCACAUUAGAGGACAUCAACACAAAUCUUCAGCAAAUAUUGUAUCCAUCAAAAAUUGAACUGCAGCCAAAAUUCACAACCAAAAUCGAGCCUUUACCACUUUCUAUUGGAUUUAUUGUUCAAUAUGCGGUGAAACCAUUACUUCUGGUGUUGUGGCUGAUCGGUGAGUUUAUACAUAGCAAGUUCUUUCGCACCAUAGGGCCAUACAAUUGUCAUUCUUUUAGAGCUAGGUUUGUAGCAAGAAAAGAGAAGCAGUAG